GGGCCCUGGGCGGCUGACUGCGUCCGUCCGCCCCGAUUCCCACUCCCGCAAGCUCCCUGGUCCCGUGUGGCAGGCGGGAGGGCGGCGGAGGGCAGCGGGACGCUCCGUGCCGGCCGCGUCGUGCCCACCGGCGCCCCAUUACCCGCACCGCAGGGACCUCGCGGCCGCCGGAUUUCUGACUUAGAAAUCACGCUUUGUCCCGCAAGUUUGGGAUCUCGGACCACUUGAGGUUUUGUAAAACCGCGCCAACACGUAAAGAAAGUGUCGCUUGCAGCGAUCGUGGGGGAGGGCCACGCGGGCCGCGGAAGGCGGAGGAGGCUGCGGGCCGAGCACCUGCCGAAGCGGAGCCACCACCUCCCACCGCCGGCGCCCCAGGGGCCACCCUCAGGCGAAGACCGCGGUACCCGGAGCGCCCGGAAGGGGUUCGGGAGCGGCCUGCCCUUUCGGCUCCGGGCCAAGGGCCGCGCCUCCCCCUCCCAGCCCCAGCGGCGGCCGCGCUCUGGCCGGGUGACCGCUGGGCGUCGGUGGCGGGCCCCGCCGCAGCUGCCGCCGCCGCCCGCGCUCCCGCCCGCUCGGCCAUGGGCGCCGCCGGCUCGUCGGCUCUGGGCCGCCUCGGCCUCCCCGCGUCGUCCCGGCCCGCCUGGCUCGGGGCGGCCGCGCUGGGACUGGCCGCCGUGGCGCUGGGGACGGUCGCCUGGCGCCGCGCGCGCUGCAGGCGGCGCCAGCGGCUGCGGCAGGUGGGCACCGUGGCGCAGCUCUGGAUCUACCCGGUCAAGUCGUGCAAGGGGGUGCCGGUGAGCGCGGCCGAGUGCACGGCCUUGGGGCUGCGCUGCGGCCACCUGCGGGACAGGUUUUGGCUGGUGAUCAACGAGAAGGGGAACAUGGUGACGGCCCGGCAGGAGCCUCGGCUGGUCCUGAUUUCCCUGACUUGCGAGGGUGAUGCCCUGACCCUCAGUGCAGCCUACACGCAGGACCUGCAGUUGCCUCUCAAGACCCCGGCCACGAAUGCGGUGUACAAGUGCAGAGUGCACGGCCUGGAGAUCGAGGGCAGGGACUGUGGGGAGGCUGCGGCCCAGUGGGUUACGGGCUUCUUGAAGACGCAGCCCUACCGCCUGGUGCACUUCGAGCCUCACCUGCGACCGAGAAAUUCUCACCAAAUAUUGGACGCGUUCCGGCCCACCGACCAGAUUGCGUACUCCGAUGCCAGCCCCUUCUUGAUCCUGUCUGAGGCAUCGUUGGCAGAUCUCAACUCCAGGCUGGAGAAGAAAGUUAAAGUGACUAACUUCAGGCCCAAUAUCGUAAUAUCAGGAUGUGGUGUCCAUGCCGAGGAUUCGUGGGAUGAGCUGCUUAUUGGUGACGUGAUAAUGAAAAGAAUAAUGGCUUGUUCCAGGUGCAUUUUAACGACGGUGGACCCGGACACCGGCGUCAUGAGCAGGAAGGAGCCGCUGGAGACCCUGAAGAGGUGCCCAGGGGCUGUGCUGCUUCGAGAAGGCAAGGGAGACCUCUGCCAGCCUUAUCCACGGAAGCCUCUUGCUUGCAGGCAAAGCGCGGGGCGGCGGAGCAAUGGGAGAAAAAGGAACACGUCUGCGACUGCUGAAUGUCUGCAGGCGGGAGGCUCCGGGGAGUCUUUGUCUAUAAGGUCCUUGCCGUGGGCAGCACCGGGGAGGCCUGCAGGCUCCUGGGAAAAUAGGAAGAUGGAGUGAUUCUUUCUUUCCUUCCUUUCCCACUCCCUUCUUCCUGUCUUUCAAGAUUUUGUUUAUUUAUUUUAUUUUAGAGAGGGGGAGAGAGAGGGACAGGGAGAGAGAAUCCCAAGCAGACCCCACUCUGAGUGCAGAGCCCGACACGGAACUCAAUCCCAUGAAUGAGCCUGAGAUCGUGACCUGAGCUGAAACCAAGAGUUGUACGCUCACCCGACCGAGCCACCCAGGUGCCCCCAGUCUUCUCCUUACUAAGGGAGAGUGAUUUCCACACUGUUCUCUAGGGCUUAGAGUGGUGGGAGCCUGUCACUGCUGCUUCCCCAACUUCUGGCUCCUAAUAGAAAGAGAAGAGCACGUUUGCUUUGUGGAUGCAACAUUUUCGUUGGACACAUGAACACUUUGACAUGAAGGACAUUUGCCUCUUGUGUUAGGCUGUGUUGAGCUAAAGACUGAAAGCUGUAGGGGUACUUCUGGGGGAGGAGACAGACACCCCCAGCCCCGUGUGGCUCUGUCACCAGCUGCCUGGGUGACCUCAGCAAGCCACUUAGCUUCUCGAUGCUUCAGUUUCCUUAAUGGUAAACACUGGGCUAAUAAUACCUCUCCUGGCUGAUCAGAAUAAGUCAAUAAAUAUGCUUUUUAAAAAUAGGUGAUAAAAUAUUGUAUACAAUGCCCAUGUAGGCUCUGGUUGUUGAUAAUCUUGGUCUAUGAACUUGAUACCAUCUGGGAGAGGGAGAAGCCAGAAGCAACUUCUCUCUGUUUUCUGAAAUUACAGAUCUGCUCAGCCUCUGAGGCUUCUCUCCCCUGAGCUGCCUUCACAGGACUGUUUCAUUCUUUUUUUUUUUUUUUUUUUAAGAUUUUAUUUAUUUAUUUGACAGAGAGAGAUCACAAGUAGGCAGAGAGGCAGGCAGAGAGAGAGAGAGAGAGGAGGAAACAGGCUCCCUGCUGAGCAGAGAGCCCGAUGCGGGACUCGAUCCCAGGACCCUGAGAUCAUGACCUGAGCCGAAGGCAGCGGCUUAACCCACUGAGCCACCCAGGCGCCCGGACUGUUUCAUUCUUAACCUGGCCAUCAGGUUAGUGGGUUUGUGAGGCCUCAGAAGUCGCCUGUGCCCCAAGGCAGGGACCCAGCGGUGACCAGAGAGAGACCCUGCUUGUCGUCAUGGCCGAGGGCUUUGGCCAGUAACCGAGCAGACCAGGCAGAGUAAACGAUGGGCAGGGCUAUGCAGGUGGUGUUUCCGCUCCCACCGCACCCUUCCAGGCUGGAGACCCCUGUGUAAGUGCAUUAAAGUGGCUGCAUUUAGAGUAGUUGU